GUCCAGAGCAAACCUUGUGCACGAGGACUGGAUCGCGGAUCUUAAUCCGCCGGCCGGGUCGACUCGGCCGACUCCCGAGACAGCGACCAUCGUAUAGACCCAACCAAAGCAACGGCAAAAGAUAUUUCACUCUUCGAACAGGGCAUCUUCAGGGUUCAGGAGCCAGUGACGCUGAGAAAGUAGCGGGAGCCAGCAUCGCACCGAUCCGAUCUGCGAGAGAGAAGGAGACAGAUGAGAGGCGGCGGAGGAGAGGAGACGAGCGGUGGGUCGUCGGGGACGUCGUCGACGGAGAAGCAGAGGGAGAAGGCGAGGGUGAGCCGAACGUCGCUGAUCCUGUGGCACACUCACCAGAACGACGUGUCGGCUGUGCGGAAGCUCCUGGAGGAGGACCCGGGACUCGUCAACGCCCGCGACUACGACAACCGCACCCCGCUCCACGUCGCCUCCAUCCACGGCUGGAUCGACGUCUCCAAUUGCCUCCUCGAGUACGGGGCCGACGUCAAUGCCCAGGACCGAUGGAAGAACACGCCACUGGCUGAUGCUGAAGGAGCUAAGAAGUUCAACAUGAUUGAGCUGUUAAAAUCAUAUGGUGGCUUGUCUUUUGGACAAAAUGGCAGUCAUUUUGAACCAAAGCCUGUUCCACCUCCUCUUCCUAAAAAGUGUGACUGGGAAAUAGAGCCCUCUGAGUUGGAUUUCUCAACUUCAACCAUAAUUGGGAAGGGAUCAUUUGGUGAAAUUUUAAAAGCUUAUUGGCGUGGAACACCAGUGGCAGUCAAACGUAUUCUUCCAUCUCUGUCAGAAGAUAGAUUGGUGAUCCAAGAUUUCAGGCACGAGGUUAAUUUGCUAGUGAAGUUGCGCCAUCCCAAUAUUGUCCAGUUCCUUGGUGCAGUCACUGAAAGGAAACCUUUGAUGCUAAUCACAGAGUAUCUACGAGGGGGUGAUCUUCACCAGUUCUUGAAAGAAAAGGGCUCACUUAGUCCAUUAACUGCUGUUAAUUUUGCGCUUGAUAUUGCCAGGGGCAUGGCAUAUCUUCAUAAUGAGCCAAAUGUUAUAAUUCACCGAGAUUUAAAACCGAGGAAUGUCCUUUUGGUGAACUCCAAUGCAGACCAUCUGAAGGUCGGGGAUUUUGGACUGAGUAAGCUGAUCAGAGUCCGGAACUCUCAUGACGUGUACAAGAUGACCGGAGAAACUGGAAGCUAUCGAUAUAUGGCUCCUGAAGUAUUCAAGCACAGGAAGUAUGAUAAGAAAGUGGAUGUUUUCUCUUUUGCUAUGAUAUUAUAUGAGAUGCUUGAAGGAGAUCCCCCAUUCUCAAACUAUGAACCGUAUGAAGCUGCAAAAUAUGUGGCAGAAGGACAACGUCCCACAUUUCGAGCAAAAGGAUAUGUUCAAGAAUUGAGAGAGUUGACAACCCAGUGUUGGUCUGCUGAUAUGAACCAGAGGCCCUCUUUUCUAGAGAUACUCAAGAGGCUCGAAAAAAUCAAGGAGAUCUUACCACAAGAGCAUCACUGGCACAUUUUCAGAUGCGAAAUGUUUGUCACUCUAUAUGAUGGAAAUUGGCAUAGUGGCUGAUGAGACACAUCUGCCGUGGGCCAUCAUUUGCGAAACAGUGUAGUUUAUUCUCCAUCUUUCCUCCCUUCUCUUUUUCCAGUUUUCACUUUCUUAUUUCUGGAUGGCAUGCUUGUCUAAAGUUGAUCAAGGCAGCUGUUAAGCCCCAGCAAACACUCUGGCUGUCAGAUGUCAACUGAACACUAGCAGCACUAGUCCCUCUCUAUCAUUUGUCAUAGCAGUACAACCGAGAAGGGCUCAUCAAAUUUGCUGUUUCUACCAUUCCUCUGUAAAAUUUGGUAGGUUCUUUUCCAUGGAAGACAUUCUUUUUGUACAUGCAGAUCCUGAAAAUGUUACCAAACAGAUGUUGGUUUGCUUGCAAUGUCGUGUGGUAUGUAAAUGGGACAUUUUACUAUAAUAUGGUUUAUUUUUGUGUAAAUAUGUUUUCAACUGUCGACAAUUCGACAUUGUAACAGUUCUAUCACAUCAUCAUGCUAUCCAAUUGUGGAGCUUUCUUUUUGGU